CCUAGAGGCUACCUUACCCAAGUACGGACCAUACAUAGUACCUGAACCAGUUUGAACAAGGGAUCCGCUCAAAACCUCCUUCGCCAUAACCUCACCCUUAGAAAGUACGCGAAAUCGCCUUGAACACGACCCAUCAAGGCAUCACCAUUCUUAUCAAGUUUUCUUUCAAAACAAUUUCUCUCAUCUAAUUCAAUGUCGCUUAUUCUACAAAUGUCAAUUUAGGGACCCUAAACACCCUAUUCCCCAAUAGACGCGACUGUCAUUAUCUUCCCGCAUGGCUUCCGCCACCAGUCCAUCACUAUAACACGCCCACAAGGCCAACAUGUCUAUCAUGAACGGCCAGCACGCCUGGCCACCCCCGCAACACCGUCAAGUCAUUGGCAAACGUCCCUUUCAUAACCCUACUGAUGCACCAUUACAAUCCAACGACGUUAUGGAUAAUUCCGCCGCGUCGGUGCCUGAGGCAUCAGAUAUUGACGAGGAUCGCGUGAGGGCCCACUUCCGCGAAUUGUAUCACCAAAGUGAAGCUCGAAUUGCGCAGAUGUUCGCCGCAGAUGGCUCCAUUAAUCGUGCUGCCAUAGAAUCUUGGAGACGACCCUUUAUCCCCUCAACUGCCCCUCCCCUUACUACCGACCAUACUGGGAUACAGGAACGUCCCGCCAAGCGAGUCAAGAGGACUAUCGACGAAGAUGAUUACGGUGACGAUGACGAGGACGAAGAAGAAGAUGAUGAUGAAGGGAUUAAUCAUAACGUUACUAUAUCUUCAUAUAAAUACAAGCCCCCCUCCACUACCGCUGCCACCAAAGGCCUUCCGUCUCCUUCCAAGUCCGGAAGCUCCCCUAUCGCGUCCGCACCGUCGCCUUAUAAACUCGACGACCGAACGAAAGAUGAUAGCCAGUCAGCGUCGCAUGGAUCGCAGGCGCAUGCCAACAGCUCCGAAGAUGCGCGCAAGCAAUUAGAAGAAGCGCGGAAGGAUACCGAGGAGGCUGCCAAACGCAGUUUUUAUACAACAUUUUAUACUCUCGAGAAUGACCGGGCUGCUAUGCUGGAACAGCAGCGACUUGAAGAAUCCGAGAAGCAGCUUCAGGCUGAAAUGGAUAAGAACAACAGCGGCAACAGCAAUGCCAAUGGAGGCGCAUCUGGCGAAAAUCAUGGAUCCCUCAGCAGCGCAAACCUAGGUGCAUCUAGCUUAACCCUCAAGCAUCUUAUUGCGCGCAUAGAUAUGAAGCGCGACAUGGUGCGCGCAUCAGACGCUGAAUUACGCCUUCUCAUGAACGAAGUCCGCAAAAACAGAAGCAAGUGGGCUAGCGAAGAGAACGUUAACCAAGAAGAGUUAUACGAGGCACUCGAAAAGGUCUUGACCGAGCUCAAGGCACAUACCGAAUAUUCGACCCCAUUUCUCCAGAGAGUUAACAAAAAAGACGCCCCCGAUUAUUAUAAUUUCAUCAAGCAGCCUAUGGAUCUAGGCACCAUGACCAAAAAAUUGAAGUCGCUGACCUACAAGUCCAAGACCGAUUUCGUCACAGAUCUUAACCUAAUAUGGGACAACUGUUUGCGCUAUAACCAGGACAUGGGCCACCCGUUGAGGCGAAUGGCCAACGGGAUGCGCAGGGAGGCUGAAAAACUGAUUCCAUUGAUCCCAGACCUUGUUAUCCGCCCUCGUGCCGAAGUCGAGGCGGAAGAAAGACGGAAGCAGAAUGGCGGCGAUGAUGACGGUGGUGAUGACUCGGACGACGAGCCGAUAAUGUCGUCUCGCGGCCGAAUCACCGGUGGAGCGAAGGGAUCGAAAUCCAGGAAGACUCACUCUAGCCAGCAGGAGAUGACUCCUGGGGUAGAGCAGAAGCCAGUUUUGCAGUUAAAUGGAUUGUUGGCAAAGGCCCAGAGAGAAGGUUCUGAGAUCGACGGGAGUAACGGGUUCGGAACACCUCCUAUUGCGGGUUCUAUGACGCCCAGUGGGAUCAACGGUCAUAACUCGGGCAUGGGCAGUAAUGUAGAUGCGAUGGAUAUCGACGGCUCCGAGCUAAAUGGCAUGGCAUUGGGGCAGGCGCUGAAUGAUGCUGCCCAACAAGCUUACGAGGACGAGGAGUAUAAAAUCUGGAAACAAGUGACCAAGAAAGAUCGUGCGCUGAUUACGAAGAGCCGGUUUCAGCUUUUCAAUAAUAAUAAGUUGAAUAUCGACGAGCCAGCAUUACUUCGAACUAAGGCUGGCAUGCGUCGAUUUCUACGUGGUCGACAACAGGCAGACGCUAUGGGUUUGGUUGGUUACACCCAGGACCCCUCGGCUGGUCUCGGCAAGGAAGCAAAAGCAACCGAAACUCUUGCAGAGGGCAUGGAAGAGGACGAGGAGAAAGCUAUCCCAGAUUAUUACGACAUCCAAAGUAUUGUCCCCGACGUCGCACCAAGCCUUCAAUGGAUUGAGGACAGCGAAGGCCAGGUGAUCAACCAGCACGAGGAAUUCCUCCAAACCUUACCGCAGGGUUACUUCACCGCACCUAAGAGUAGCUUGACGCAGAAAUUCGAUGCAAAUAUUCGACAGAUGCAAGAGACGAGAAAGAUUUGCUCAAAAAUUGGCGUUAUCAAGCAGAUGCAACUGCAAGCUCAGGUAUAUGCGAAUCAGUUCCCGAAGUACAAUCCCGAGCCUUUUCAAGAAGCUGAUGUCGAACCGCAUGUCACAUGCGGUGAUAAUAUCGUAAUGGCGCCGGAGGUUUGCAGAGCUGGGAUGCAGCGAUCCGUCGCGAAAAUCUUCUACCAUGCGGGGUUUGAAGAGCUCCAACCGUCUGCCAUGGAUGCUAUUACGGACAUAGCCGCUGACUACUUCGGAAAGGUGGUACAUACCUUCAAAAGCUAUACCGAAAUUGAAAAGACGGACCCUUCCGCCGAAGAUCUCCAACGCGGUAUAACAGCUCGGCCUCGUUAUAGUUCCGAGGAGGCUCUGCUACAUACGCUCAACGAGAGCGGCUACUCAAUCGAGUCGCUUGAAGGUUACGCUAAGGACGAGGUCGAGAGGCUCGGACAUAAAUUAGUCGGCAUUCAUGAACGUAUGAAGUCUCACCUGGGUGAUCUUCUACGUCCCGCGGUGACAGAUGCGGGACAAGACGGGGCAGCGGCGUUUAAUGACGGAAGUGAACAAUUUAUUGGAGGCGAUUUCGCGGAAGAACUUGGUGAAGACUUCUUCGGAUUCAAGGAACUCGGCCUGGCUGGGGAGAUGGGCGGCAUCCUCUCAGUCCCUCUUCAUCUUCUCCAGUCGAGGGUGCGCAGCCACUACCAGGUCCAGAAUCCGACACAAGGUCCUUCCGAUGAGGUCCUCUUUGAGGAUCUUGCACCUCCUGAGCCCGUUACGAAGGAGAAUAUCCAGGAGCAGAUCGGCCUUGUCAAAAACUUCUUCCUCGCUAAGCUGCACGCUAAUGGCGACUCACCUUUGGUGGAAGAUGAAGACUUGCCUGUCAAGCAGCGACGACCCCGACCUCGUCUUGGUGCUACCGGCAAGAUUGUUUCACCUCAAAAGCGACCGCCUAAGGAGCAGAAUGCUAUUAACAAGAAGAAAAAGAAGCUGGAGGCUCAAGCAGCUGAAGCUAGCAAAGCAGCAAACAAUAGUCCCGAAAAGGGUGGUCCGAAAAAGGCAAAAAGUUUGUCUAUGCCUAAUGGUACCACUGGUAGCGGUAGCGGCCUUGCGAAUGGUCCAUCUAUACCUGCUGCUCCUCCUAUGGAGCGUGUCGGAAGUACGCAGAGCCAAGGCAACAAUAGUCAGACGGAUAAAGACGAUAACGGCAUGAUGAGCCCGGAGAGUAUGGAGCGUUAAGAGAGCUAUGCAUCGAGAGUAUUUCGACACUGUGCCAGUUAGCCACAGUGUUUGAUUGAUUUUUAUUGUCCCUUUUCUAUACCCUAUUUAACGGGAUAUUUGUUUUCUUUUCAGAUUUUCCUUAGACCCGGCCCGGAACCCGAGGGAAGACGUGCGGCGUACGGCAGUGCAUAUGGCGUUUUGUUAGGAGGGUUGCCGAUGAAUAUUGGCCCCUUCGCAAGUGGACAUGGUUCCAUUGGAGGUAGUUGGCUCGAUUUCUGCUAAUGAAUUUUUUGGUACGACUUGCAUAUAACUGGAUGGAUGGACGAUGACUGAGGAGGCAGAUUAGGACGGCAUAUGGACGAGUCACGCAGGUUCGGUCGACAGGACACCGGAGAUGCACACCAUGUACAUACUUCUCUACCACCAUACCCAUACGUUGCUUUUUUAUUCCACCAUCACGCAUCUAGCCACAUAUGAGCUACCUAUAUCAUACUAAAUCUGACAGAGUUCCCUUAGCUUACAUUUGAGAAUUUGCGACUAGUGAUGCCAAACGACAGUUCUUGAUUAUUCCGGUAUAUUAAUAAUAAAAAUUUAUCUAA